CAGAUGUAUUCAAAAUGUGCUGACGGUGAUGCAGUCAUCAAAACUAGGACGCUUCAAACCGCAAUUUUUGCACUUGGACGCCUGAUAAAGAGCUACUGUCAAAGACUACAGGACGUUUUUCAUGAAAGAAAUGGACCAACAACGUACCCCACCUGGCCCCAGCUCUGCCUGUGACCCUGGUACCAGUUCACUGAGGAGCACAGUGGUCCGUGCCUACACCUGGGAAAGCAUCCUCAUCCCCAACCCUGAGCGGCCUGACUUUCCACGUCACAUCCUGCGGAGGAUUCCAGUCCCAACCUCCAAGAGAGGCCCCCUACCUGGCUCCUCCACUCAGGCUCCCCCCAGAACUCUCUCUGACUCUUCUUCUAACUCCUCCUCUAGCUCUUCUUCUUGCUUUCCCUCUAGCUCUUCUUCUCGCUCAUACUCAAGCUCUUCUUCUCUCUCCUCCUCUAGCUCUUUUUCUCUCUCCUCCUCUAGCUCUUCUUCUAACUCCCCCUCUUGCUCUGCUUCCAGGCCUCCCCCUGACACCCCCGCCCCAGCCACAGAGGAAUGGACCUUGGUGCCAUCAGCUCAUCCAACAAAGAUCAUCCUGAGGAGGCGUUUGGCAUCAACAGUGGACCAACAGCGUACCCCACCUGGCUCCUCCACUCAGGCUCCCCCCACAACUCUCUCUGGCUCUUCUUCCAGCUCCUCCUCUAGCUCUUCUUCUCGCUCCUCCUCUAGCUCUUCUUCUAGCUCCUCCUCUAGCUCUUCUUCUAACUCCUCCUCUAGCUCUUCUUCUAACUCCCCCUCUUGCUCUGCUUCCAGGCCUCCCCCUGACACCCCCGCCCCAGCCACAGAGGAAUGGACCUUGGUGCCAUCAGCUCAUCCAACAAAGAUCAUCCUGAGGAGGCGUUUGGCAUCAACAGUGGACCAACAGCGUACCCCACCUGGCUCCUCCACUCAGGCUCCCCCCACAACUCUCUCUGGCUCUUCUUCCAGCUCCUCCUCUAGCUCUUCUUCUAACUCCCCCUCUUGCUCUGCUUUCAGGCCUCCCCCUGACAGCCCCCCCCCAGCCCCCGCCCUGGUGCCAUCAGCUCAUCCAACAGGGAUCGACCUGAGGAGGCCCCAGAGGGUGAGUCACCAACCUCCGCUACCCAGUGAGUCUAAAGUUUCUCUCCCUAGCAGGCCUAAGCCCCCCAGUCAGCCUCGGUCGGUACGUCCCGCACCUCAGCUAAGGUGGGUAAAAUCUUUAUUGUCUCUGAGAAAGCAGUCUAGCAGCAGGUGGGGCAAGAGAGCAGCUGGACCUGCAGGUAAGUCAGCAGGUGAGUCAGCAGCUAAACGUUUUCGUCCUUCAACUUGAUUUUGAACUUAGUUUUUUUCUCAUUUAACUGAGCUAAGCUGAGUUUAAUUUAUUUGAAUUAUUUGAAUGGACUUGUUUUAUCAAUCAAAUGUAUUUGAAUUGUCUUGAUUUGCACUGAACAGAGUUUCUUUGAAUCCAUUGAACUGAAUUUUCUUGAAGUACUCUGGACAGAAUUUAUUUGAAUUACUAGACUUGUCUUGAUUUGCACUGAACAGAGUUUCUUUGAAUUAAUUGAACUGAAUUUUCUUGAAGUACUCUGAACAGAAUUUAUUUGAAUUACUAGACUUGUCUUGAUUUGCACUGAACAGAGUUUCUUUGAAUUCAUUGUUUGAUUUAUUUGAAUUUACUUGAGAUACUCUGGACAGAAUUUAUUUGAAUUAACUGACUUGUCUUGAUUUGCACUGAACAGAGUUUUUUUUAAUUCAUUGACUUAUUGAUUUGAAUUUACUUGUGAUUUUUGAAUUGACUGUAACUGAAUGAGAGCCGUGUCCUUGUUGCUGCUCCAUGACUCAGUCAGGGUGUCUGCACAGAAGGAGAGUGAUCUGGGGGGGAUAGCGUGAACCUCCAACGUGUUUCGCCCUCCCAGUGAAGCUCCUCUGUGCAGAAUAAUAAUAGGAUGGCCACACCAUGUCAAGGGGGUUCAUAUGUCUGUCGCCGCCCACCUUAGACCACAAAAAGUCUGUAGUAACAAGGACCUCAGUGUACAGGUCCUUAGUUUGUUUGUUUUUAAGAGUUUUAAGAUUUGCACUGAACAGAGUUUCUUUGAAUUCAUUGUUUGAUUUAUUUGAAUUUACUUGAGAUACUCUGGACAGAAUUUAUUUGAAUUAACUGACUUGUCUUGAUUUGCACUGAACAGAGUUUCUUUGAAUUAAUUGAACUGAAUUUUCUUGAAGUACUCUGAACAGAAUUUAUUUGAAUUAACUGACUUGUCUUGAUUUGCACUGAACAGAGUUUCUUUGAGUUUGAAUUUACUUGUGAUUUUUGAAUUGACUGUAACUGAAUGGGAGCCGUGUUCUUGUUGCUGCUCCAUGACUCAGUCAGGGUGUCUGCACAGAAGGAGAGUGAUCUGGGGGGGAUAGCGUGAACCUCCAACGUGUUUCGCCCUCCCAGUGAAGCUCCUCUGUGCAGAAUAGUAAUAGGAUGGCCACACCAUGUCAAGGGGGUUCAUAUGUCUGUCGCCGCCCACCUUAGACCACAAAAAGUCUGUAGUAACAAGGACCUCAGUGUACAGGUCCUCAGUUUGUUUGUUUUUAAGAGAAGCGAGGAGAGGAGAGGAGAGGAGAG